AUGGACGACGCAGCCAACUCCGGUAUAUCAGAACCAUUAGAUUUGGUCAAACUAUCCUUGGGCGAGAGGGUAUUCAUCAAGCUUCGAGGAGAUAGGACAGUCACUGGAUUACUUCAUGCAUACGACGCACAUAUGAACGUGGUUUUAUCGCAGGUGGAAGAGGCUAUACAUAUCGUGGAUGUGACAGAGGAUGGAAAUCCUUUACCACCAAGGAUUGAAAAACGUAAUUUGGAAAUGUUAUUCGUAAGAGGAGAUGGAGUGAUAUUAAUCUCACCCACUCAACAGUAA